AUGGAAACGGGACCCAGCGAAGAACCUAGCGGCCGAAAGGAGUCCCAGGAAAUUUGCCCCCCGGGAUUACUGGUAUUUGCCGGCUCCUCGGAACAAGAUGCCAACUUGGCUAAGCAGUUCUGGAUCUCGGCGUCGAUGUAUCCCCCUAGCGAAUCUCAGCUGGUGCUGCGCAGAGACAGCAGUCAGCGUCUGCCGGUGGCGCGGCGCCGGAGGAGCAGAGGGUCUGAGAACAGUCACUCCUCGCAGUCUUCUCACCUUGUGAGUAACAACACAAAUAGAAACAUCUUUGCCGAAGCCCUAAAGAUACAGGAAUCUGAGGAGAAAGUAAAGUAUCUCCAAAAGGCUAAAACAAGAGAAGAGAUUCUCCAACUCUUAAGAAAACAAAGAGAAGAAAGGAUCUCGAAAGAACUGAUUUCCCUUCCUUAUAAACCAAAAGCCAAAGAACACAAAGCAAAGAAAGUGGUAUCAGAGUCAGAUAAAGAAGACCAAGAAGAAGUCAAAGCCUUGGACUAAUUUGCUUGACACAUGACAGAGGAUGGCUCACUUAUAUCUUCACUUUGGAAACAACCUUCUCUUAGAUCAGGAUCAUUGAGAUCACUGGCAACACUAUAGUAGACAAAGAAAUACAAGUUAAAUAUGCAAAUUUCCAGGAAUUUUACCAGUUAGUGAAUACUUGUGUUAAAAUAAAGAAAUAAAAGUUACAUAUGCAGACUUC